AUGCCCGGUUCCCAUGGCGAUAGCCUGAGACCUGGCAUGGCCUCACCUGACUCCUCUCAAUCCCAGCUCCAGAGCUACUGUCAGGAAACAAAAACCACGAAGACUUUCCCCGACUUUCCAAACGCGUCACGUGACUCCCGGCGAGCGUCGUCCGCAUGUGCAAACAACCGUCGUGCACUUUGGAGUUUGCGUUUGCGCGUGAUGGCGAAUUUCUUCCUCGCUUGUGUGCUGUUUCUCUCCUUUCAACCGAGUCUCGCAGGCCCGGUGUUCGUGUCCGGCAGAGCGGCUCAUGGCGUCCUGGGGAGGCACAAGCGUGGAAACACGGGCGUGUUUGAGGAGCUGCUGGAGGGCAACCUGGAAAGAGAAUGCGUGGAGGAAACGUGUGACUUCGAGGAGGCCAGGGAGUACUUUGAGAAUUCGGAAAAAACGGUGGAGUUCUGGAAAGCGUACUUGGAUGGCGACCAGUGCAAGUCGAAGCCGUGCUUCCACACGGCCGCUUGCACCGACGGCAUCGGCUCCUACACGUGUAAUUGUCGAGACGGCUUCGCUGGCGUCAACUGUGAGAUCGAUUUACGCAAAAGGUGCGACCUGAACAACGGCGACUGUGGCCAUUUCUGUGAAUCGCUGGGCAACCCCGGAGGCAAAUGUUACUGUGCGGAAGGAUACAAGCUGAUGCAGGACGGGAUCAGCUGUGAACCGGAAGUGGAGUUCCCGUGCGGUAGAACCGCUUUGAUGAGAAUCAUUCGGUCUUCCGAGCCCGCCUUCAACACAAGUCGGCCGCGGGCUCUGACGCGAAUCGUCGGGGGAGAUUUCGUCAUCCCGGCGGAAAUCCCCUGGCAGGCGGCCUUGGUAGACAGUAAAUCCGGUGCUGUGUUCUGCGGUGGGUCCAUUCUGAGCGAGGAGUGGGUGGCCACCGCGGCCCACUGCCUGGCCGAGGCGCUGGGCCCCUUCUACGUGAGAGUGGGCGAAUACAACAUCAAAGUCAAAGAGGACACGGAGCAGGAUAUCCAAGUGUCCGAGCAGCACGCGUUCCCGCUCUACAACACCAGCGUGAGCAUGUUCGAUCACGACAUCGCCCUGCUCCGCCUCCAAAGACCCAUCAACUUCUCCGCAGAAGUGCGGCCCAUCUGCAUCGGGCCGCGGGCCUUCACCGAAGCCUUGGUGAAGAGCGCCUCGCCCGCCACGGUCAGCGGCUGGGGCAGAACGCGCUACCUCGGACUCCCGUCCAACACGCUAAAGAAGGUGGAGGUUCCCUUCACGAGCAGGACCGAGUGCAAGUUCACCAGCAGCACCAGGAUCACGCCAGCCAUGUUCUGCGCCGGGUACUACAACGAGGCCAAAGACGCCUGCCAGGGUGACAGCGGGGGUCCUCACUUCAACAAGCGCCACAACACGUGGUUCCUGACGGGCAUCGUGAGCUGGGGGGAAGAGUGCGCAAGGGACGGCAAGUACGGGGUGUACACCCGCGUGUCCAUUUACUCCAGAUGGAUCCACAACAUGAUGCAUGGCUUGGACCACGUCGAGGCAACGCCAGGGCCCGAAGAUGACGCGGAGCUUCAGUGA